CACACUUCAAAAUGCCCAAAUCCAGAGAUGAACUGAAUAAACGUCUUGGUAGUUUGCUACAUUUGCGCAGAUCUACAGCCAGAUCUACGAUCGCCGACAGUGCUGGAGCAGUAGCCUCAACGUCCAACAGUGUAUCGCAAUCCACCGAGAGUACUUCGAAUUCAAUUGCCUUCUCGAGAGUGCUCAAAUUGCUCAAGGAUAUUGAUAUAUCAGGCGAGAUCGCCGAAGGACUCGAGAACCCCCUAGUGGACUACAUUGGCAGAAUCGAAAGUUAUGCUAAUCAUCGUCUCCCACACCAGCUGGACGCAUUCGAAAUUUUCGAGACUCAAUGGCAACAUGUCAGUCUUGCUGCCGAAUUCGCUAAAUACGUACACAAGAUCAAUGAGCCCUCGCUAGAUACAGCUUACAGUUCUGGCAAUCUUCUCGGAAGCAUGAGGUCUUUCUGUAUGCAUACGACAACUAUUGAUCAGCGAACUACACAUGUGGUUGCCCUUCGUGCCACUAGGAGGUUGAUGGAAUGGGCGGUGAACAGCAACGUAGACCCAGUGGAGUGUGGAGAGCUCGGGGCUGGGCUACAGUGCCAUCGUGGUCUCCUCAGGGUGGCAAGGAACAUGCAAUCCUCGAUAGCGAGCGAACUGGCAAGAGCGCUAAACAAGCAAAGCGCGCAAGAAGCGACAAUACUUUUCACUGGCCACUCUAGUGGUGGUGCAAUUGCACAAUUUAUCUUUGCGUAUAUGCAUGGAGACUCUCCCCCUUUAGCUAUAUUGAAAUCAGACGAUCGUAUCACCAGCAUCGAUUGCGUCACAUUUGGAUGUCCACCCAUAUCCAAGCCUGCGAUGCCACGGCCUUCAACAAAAUGCUCGAUGUUUGUAUCGUUCAUCAACGAAGGAGAUCCUGCUGCUCUCGCCCAACAAAGCUACAUGAGAAGCCUCAUCGAAGCGUGGACGAAACCUAUCACUAACGAUAACUGGCCCAUUCCUUCGCCUUAUUACGUCCCCAGCGGCGAUCAGGUAGCUCUGAGAUGCGAGGUCGACGAGAAUGGUAACGUCGAGGCUGUUUCAGCGUUGCUGGUUGAUGUUGAAACACUGGGAACUGUACUCUUCGGCGACCUCGCUAUGCACAGCAUGAGUAUUUACGAGAGUCGGAUUCAUCGCAUCUUGGAUCAGGCUUCGAUUCCUCGAAACCCGUUCCAAGACCCGC